AUGAACUGGCCUUCAAGUUCAAAUAAAUCAGGUCUUAAUAAUAACAGCGGCGGUAAUAUUCUAAAGGGUUCUUAGUCAGGAGUUAAAAAUCGCACUCCUCUGCCUCCUAUUAGGUAGACUUCUAAGAAACCCUAAGAUCCUAAAACUGCUUAAAACACACAAACACAUUUAUAGCUUGGUGGUUAGUCUGAAGGAAUAAUAAGAAGUUAUAAAGAAGAAGGAUAAAUAGAAAUGGCUGGAAUAGAUAAUGAUUCUAGCUCGCAUGAAGAAUAGAAUGUAAUCAAUAGCAAAUAGGGCUCAUAUAUUUCAGCAAAUAGCACAGAGAGAAGAGAAUUGCGUUCUUAAAAACCAGAUAGCUUCACCAAAAUUCAUAAAAUUCUCUCUAAAUGCAUUUGUAGCGGAGCAGUUUUUUGGCUUUAUAUGAUUUUCAUAUUUAUAUUUGGUAUUAUCACUAUUUCCGUUUGCGGCUCUGCAAGCACUGAAUUAAGCAAAUUGAAAGAUUCUGAGGCAUAUCUUUAUUCACAGGAAACGCUUAAUUUAUGGCAUAACAGAUUUAUUAUGGAUAUAAUACUGACUAAAGGUUAAACAUGCCCGUAGAACUAUGAAUAAGCGUUAAAUUAUUAGUGGCCAGGCACUCUUUAGGGAUGCGCAUGUCCUUAUACUGUUUAAAACAUGUAAUAAAUAUUUUUAGUAAAGGGAAAGUGUAAUGCUGAAUUACUUUCUUACAAUUGCUACGAUGUUGACCCUACUGCUCCAUAGUUUAUUAAUACCUGGAAGAAUGGGCAACUUAUUUGUAUUUAAAGAGAUCCAAACAACUCGUUUUUCAACUCUCCAACAUCAUGCAACUCAAAUAAUCCUUAAAGUAAUUUACGUGCCUGCGGUACUGGAUAGACCGCAGUUUGUGUCUCUUCAACAUAAAAUUGUCCAGUAAGUUACGUACAAUCAUAAAACAAUGAUAAUAUAGUUGGAAAUACUUAAGUAUAGAUCUUACAGAUUGACAAUACUGUUUCUUUAUCUUUCGAGUUCUAGAGCAGUCACUAUCCUAUUUCAUAAUUCCGUAUUGAUGAAUACAGCCAUUGCUAACAUAUAACUGAAUAACAGAUAUCUCCUACCAAGAGAGGUGAUUACGUCCUCUUAAAUAACAGGCGUUAGUACUGCAGCUAAAAUGAUACUCGUCCUAUCUUUUUAGAUUCUAUUGGUGAAGAAGAUCUCUUCCGUAACAAUCCUUAGCUAUGGUAGCUUGUAAUGCAAUCUUAACAACUGCCUGCCUACCCUCGUCCUAGUAAUACCUUCUAGUGGGUCAUGAGUAGUAUGCCAUAUCCAACGUGGUCUAUGAGUUGCCGUGACAGCUCUAAGUAUUCUUUAUCAGUUGCUCAAGAGAAGUUCGAUAUUGAUAAUGAAGAUUAUAAUCAAAUCCAUCUCAUAAUCACAACUUCCAUAUCUUUGUUUAUGGUUUCUCUUGUUUUGGUUAUUAUUGAAAUUUGGAGAAAAUUUGUUAGGUUGGGCGAAGUUCGCUUUUAUAAGAGCUAGCGCUUUGAAGAUUCUCGUUUCAAAAGUAACAGAUUUGAACGUGUUCUCUAUCCAAGAGAAAGGGGAUGGGUGAGAAAUACUUACAUCAUCACAGCCCUUCAUUGGAUUUUCCGCCUUCUGAAUCUUCCUUCUAUAUUUAUUGCAUAUUUAUAAGUACAAGACAGUAUUAAUUGGUUUGACAAUGCAGUAAGCUAUCAGUGUGGAGACACUUUUUUCUAAACAAAUAUUGCUCAUGACUACUCAAACUAUCUUAAGUAGUUAAAACAAUUUUAUGCUGUUAUGCUUAGCUUUUGGUGGGUUUUAUUCAUUAUAGAUAUACUGUACUUUAUAUUCAACUUCUUCUAUGAAAUAUUACCAGCUAAGGAAGAAGAAUUAUAAACUGAUUUAAUAGUAGUUGGAGGAGAUAAACAAGAAAUUAUUCCUAUAAUGCAAAAAAAUAAUCCAGUCGCUGUUACUCAAUAGCCCGUCUCUGUUCAGCAUAUUUAGUAGUAGCCAAUUAUACAAGAGGAAGUAGACGACGAACAUUUAUUCGACGAUGAAAGAAAGAAGUGA